AAUUGAGUUAAGUUAGCUGCGUCCUUUCCAAACAGCUGUUUGCAAAAAUUAAAACGCAUUGCCGGUUAAUAAAGCACGCAUAAAAAUGAUGCAACAAGCUAAACACAUUCUUAAGCCAGUGCUAAAUGGAUUUCGGAGUCUGCCGGCACGAGGUGCCGCAAGCACGACGGCCGCAGCGCCCGCCAAAAUUGAAAAAACUGUCAACACGGUAACUAUAUUGGGGCGUGUCGGUGCAGAUCCACAACUCCGCGGCUCGCUGGAGCAUCCGGUGGUCACCUUCUCAGUAGCUACUCACACCAAUUACAAAUAUGAGAAUGGAGACUGGGCGCAACGCACCGACUGGCAUCGAGUGGUUGUCUUCAAACCCAAUCUGCGUGAAACUGUGCUGGAGUACCUCAAGAAGGGGCAACGCACAAUGGUGCAGGGCAAGAUUACAUAUGGCGAGAUAACCGACCAGCAGGGCAACCAAAAGACAAGCACCAGCAUUAUAGCCGACGAUGUGCUCUUCUUCCGUGACUCGAACUAAGAACUAACAAUUAACAAACCAAAUAUCUUCAUAAUCUUCGUCAUGUUAAGAACAAAGUUGAACUUGAAUGCAUUUAAUUGCCUACU